GAAAUUCCGUCUUUGUUACUUCAUCAGUCUUUCACCUACCUUUCUCAUAAUUCCAAUUUUCCGUCAUUUCCGAAGGAAAUUCUGGAAAAAAAAAUUAAAUAAAUAAAACGGCAAUGGGAGCAGACGAUUUCAAGGUUCCUCCGUCUUUCGAUCGCGUGAAAAAUGCAGCCCAUGAUGGUGCAGCACAAGGAUUCAACCCAGGUUUGAUCGUAUUACUUGUCAUCGGAGGGCUGCUCUUGUCAUUCCUUGUUGGAAAUUAUGUGCUCUACACUUACGCCCAAAAGACCUUGCCACCGAGGAAAAAGAAGCCCGUCUCCAAGAAGAAGAUGAAGAAAGAACGACUCAAGCAAGGCGUAUCAGCUCCUGGAGAAUAGACCUUUCAAACACCUUAUGUUGUGAACUUUGCUGAGAUACUGUUGCACCGUGUAGGCCUCUUGUUCGAAUUUCCUAGCUGUUUUGUCACUAGACUAAAUUGCAUUUUUGCUUAAGACUUUGUCUAAAUAUGAAGUUGAACUAUUUAUACAAAAAUCGUGAGGUCUGUCUAA